AUGGUGAAAUCUCCGGUUCUUACAUCUUCUAUUCCUUCAAUGAGAAUCCCUGAUUCCGUAAAUCCUCCUAUUCCAGGUGAAAGUCAUCGAUAUUAUGGAAACAUACACAUAAAGCAAGUAAAGCUUCCCUCAAAUAAUCAAUCCCUUCGUGGAACUUCUACAAACUCCACAAAAUAUUCCGACGCAAAUGGUUCGACUGAAGGUGAUUUGGAUAUUCACGAUGCAACCGCUGUCGGAAAAAUGGAUAGAGUGAAAGCUUUACUAGAUCCUCGAGGUUCUGGUGAAACUACCUCUUCUUUUUUAUUGGCUAACGAGGCAAGCUCAUCUUCUGGACUUACUCCCUUACACUACGCUGCUUCGCGUGGUCAUUUAGAAAUUGUAAAAUGGUUAAUCGAUGCUGCUGGUGCUAUCACUGCUUUGUUAAAGGCCUCUUAUAACGGUCAUCACCAUGUGGUAGCGUUUCUUUUGGCAAAACAAGCAAAUGUUCAUCAAGAAGAUAAUGAUGGUUGGACCGCUUUGCAUAACGCUUCUGCCCGUGGUCACUUAAAGAUUGUAAAAUAUUUAUUAGAACACACUGAGGCUGAUGUUGAUGUCAAAAGUGCCAAAGGCCAUACACCAUUAAUGAAUGCCGCUUCAAAAGGACACAUAGAUAUUGUAGAAUGCCUUUUACAGCGUUGGCAAGCAAAUCCUCUUAUUAAAAAUAGUUUUGGUGAAACUGCUUAUGACGUAGCCGCUAUAAGUCAAGAAUUUUAUAUUUGUGAAAUAUUGGAGAAAUCUGAACGUGAUUGGUGGAAAGGGAAGAGAGCAUUACCACAACCAUCUUCAUUUAGUGAUCUUGUACAUUUACCAGCGAUGAAUGAACCUUAUGAUGUUUAUUCUUUCCAUAUAACUGUUCCUGUUGUUAUUCAUGAGAAUCAACGAUCUUCAUCUGUCUUUGGUGGAUUGUCUUCUCUUAGGGGACCUCCCAAAUAUUCAUCAGGUAGUCUUUUGAAAAAUGAUAUUCGCGGAACUUGGUCUCUUCAUCCUAGUGGAACACCUUCUACAAAAGAUGAAGUUCAACUUCCCUCAGGAUCUUCAUCUAUGUCAGUGAUUUCUUCGAAAUCCUCAAAAGAAUCUUGGUGUUGGAUAACUGAAUGGCAAAUUGACUUGGGUUAUCCACGUGUAGAUUCUCAAGGUUGGCAAUAUGCUAAAAGUUUUGAUGAACCCGAUAACUUAUGGUCAGACAUUCCCACAAUAAUUGGUGGUAGUGGUGUUAGGAGAAGAAGAUGGGUAAAAGUAAUGAAACGUUGUAUGGAAUUUAGUAGCAAUGUUGGUCAAUUUUUACAACUUGUAAAUGAGAAUAAUGAUGAUAAACCUGAUUAUUUAAUGAGAGCCGAAGCCAUUAUUAAGAGAGAUCAAGAGAAUGGAAAAGGAAAGGGUCAUAAUGAACUUUCUGUAAAUGAUCAAUUAGCAAAUUAUAAAGAAGCUAUCAACAUUUUACAAAAUGGAAUUAAAACUGAUAUUAAUCCACAGAGAAAACAAGAAUCCACAGCACUCAUGAAUAGUUUCGUACAACAUGCUGAUUAUCUAAAAGGACAUCAAUCAACAAUUGAACCAUAUCGAUUAACAAUGGAAUCGGGAGGAGGGAUUGAGACUCCAGCUGUCCCGGUUAGCCCAAGUUUACAUGAAAUUCCAAUGACUCCUAAUAAUAUUUCAAAACCUCCAUCUCCUAUUCCAAUUAGACUGGAGAGACCUAAAACACCAAAUUCCAAUACAAUUACUUCCUUUAAAGCACCAUCAACUACUAGCUUUGAAACAAUCGAAAGUCCGUGGUCAAAUGUAGUUCAAAGUGAAGAUAUCAGUACUUCUACUCAACCCUCAGUUUAUGAAAGUUCAGUAUCACCGAUUAGAGUUCAUCCUCAAGCUGAGUUAUCUCUAACAAAUGUUCCGGCUCAUUCUUUAACUACACCUGUUGGUAAAUGGGAAAGUGAUCAAGACGUUAAUGAAUGUCGUCGAUGUCGUAAAAGAUUUGUUGUCUGUGAUCGAUGCUCAACUGCCCGAGUUCCCUUACCCUCGUCUCAAGUACUUUCUGAAUCAUCGACAGGAAACGGGUUAAAUACAAACCAAACCACACAGUAUGUUCGUGUGUGUGAUUUAUGUUUUGGUUCUUCGCGUCAACUUUCCAACAGUUCAACUUCAACUUCGUUGAUUUCUGUGGGAGGAGGAUCCUCGCCAAAUCUUAAUAGUAGACGCUUGAGCAACAGUUCUACAAUGACCGACUGUCCAGUUUGUAAUUAUCAAUUAAGUCAACUUCCCAAGCAUAAGCAAGAAGAACACGUCAAAAGUUGUUUCGAGGAUAAGAAUGGAAAUAGCGUUAACAGUAUUAAAUAUGUGGGUGAGCAAUUUUACAAAACGGUGUAA